AUGCCCUCUACUUCAGGGCGUGGCCGUCGUUGGCGUGGUAGAUCUUACAAUGGUAGGAGCAGGCAUCCACAUGCCACGGAACGCAGUCAAUUUUUCCGUCAACAGAUCCAAGCCACCAGACCGACAUGGACCUUGCAGACACCGUCUGUGGCAUCAUCAACAACCUCAGCAUCGCUCCCAUACCGGACGAAGGCACAGUCGGAGAGGCCUCAACAGAACCAACGUUCGCAGUCAGCCAGAACUCCAGUAUCCGGUGAUGAUUUCCCAGAUCAGGUCAUCAUGGCGCUCGACAUUGGGGGAAAAGGCAAGAUUGGCUGUGCAUACUACGUUGCUGGUGAAGAAAGGCUGUUUUGCAUGGAAGAGGUUGUCCUGGGAGGAGUGGAUAUUAUCGAGAAGUUAAGAAUUGAUAUUCAGCCUACCAUGGUCAUCCUCUCUCCCCGGUGUGUUGCCAUGACAGAACAAUCGGAAGGUCAGAUACGACGACAGACGUCCCUGGUCGAUAGUGAGAGCGAUCAGCCCCCACUCCCUUACGAUACGGAAGUCCGGCCACGAUCCGAGUUCUAUUAUGAAGGAGGUCUGAACAAACUCCUGAGUCUGCCAUGCGAUGCGUACCAGGAAGAUAACGGUCGAUUUUUGGUCCCUGGUGAUCUCGACUUCUACGAGGAGGACUUGCGGCCUGAUGAAAUAGGCCUGACGGCACAACGUGGAAGACUUCUACAGACCUCAACUUGGCUUGAUCUGAGCAAUGAGAUAAGCAUCGGCUGUGCCGGUGCUGUUAUUGGACAUCUGCAGCGACGAAGGUCUGCUGCAUACCUGCCAGACGAUCCAAAUGCCAGCCUUGCCUUGCGUAUCCUACAUUUUGAGAUGUUCAGCCUCCGCGGAGUCAUGCUCAUCAGUGCCGAGACACUUGCAUCUCUGCAAAUCAUUCAGCCAGAAGGCUAUUCGAACGUUGUCAAACAAAGUGUUGGAGCUUCGAGAGCCAAGGAUGAUAUGUUGAUACAUACUAUCUUCCAACAUCACGCCCGAACGCCUCAGGGGAAGACACUCGUUCGUCGUGCUUUCUUGCGCCCAUCCUUGGAUAUUAACGAGAUCAAUCGUCGUCUUGACUUUGUAUCGGUAUUCGUACGACCAGAAAACCAACCGCGGCGCCAGAAGCUCAGUAAGAGCCUGGGGAAGGUCCGAAACAUGAGAAAGACCAUGACUGAGCUGCAUAAGGGCAUUGAGAGUGGAAAGCAGAACCCAAAUGCCUUCAAGCACGGUGUCUGGUCCGCGUUGUUGGAAUUCUGCUAUCACACCAUUGAUAUCGCUGACAGGCUCUUUGAGGUGAUCGGCGCAGACCAUCUACCCUUGUGCAUGCGGGCAGUGGAAGUCCUCGACCGACGCAGUCUACGAAGGAUAGGUCAGACGAUAAAUGCUGUGGUCGACAUUGACCUGACAGUCGAAAAGCUGCGGACCGUCGUCAAGAGGGGGGUUGAUGAGCGCCUGGAUGAAGUAAAAGAUGUCUACGAUGGGAUGGAGGAGAUUCUGCGCGAACAAGCAAUCGAAACUGCCAGAAAGAUCCCCUCGGGAGUCAACUUUGAGCUGGACAUUGUUUACUUUCCUCAUAUGGGCUUUCACAUUACUGUUCCUCUGAAUGUGACGACUGGCCAGCCGAUUUACGACGGCACAAAUCUCGGUUGGCAACACUCCUUCACGACAGCUCGGCAGGCAUACUUCAAGGACGGUGCGAUGCGUGAGAUGGAUGAAGACCUUGGUGAUUUGUACGCUGUAAUCUGCGAACUCGAAAUCGAAAUUGCGUACAAGCUGGCACAGAAAGUCCUCGAGGAAGAGCAGCUCCUCAUUGCGGCAUCCGACUUGUGCGGUGAGUUGGAUUGCUUAUUAGCGUUUGCCCGUUGCGCACACGAGUAUAAAUUGACUCGCCCAAGGAUGACGCACGACAACAUUAUCGACAUCAGAGGCGGCAGGCAUUUGCUGCAGGAGUUGUGCGUUCCAUCCUAUGUCCCAAACGACACGUUCCUUGUGGGUGGUGGAGGCGAAGACCCUGAUGCUCCAGAUGGCCCAUGUAUGCUCUUGCUGACAGGUCCGAACUAUUCUGGGAAAUCAGUAUAUCAGAAGCAGGUCGCCCUGGCUGUUUAUUUGGCUCAGAUCGGAUCCUUUCUCCCUGCCGACUCAGCAAUCAUUGGUAUCACCGACAAAAUCUUCACCCGCAUCACCACCAAAGAAACAGUAUCAAAGAUUCAGUCCGCCUUCAUGAUUGACAUUCAACAGGUUGCUAUAGCGCUCAACUCCUGCACAAGGAGGAGCUUGGUUGUGAUUGACGAGUUCGGAAAGGGCACCGAUUCAUGCGACGGCGCUGGUCUAGCAGCGGGCGUCUUCCUCCAUCUCCUGUCCCUAGGGCCCGAAGCCCCCAAGGCUCUGGUAGCCACACAUUUCCACGAGAUCUUCGAUGUCGGCUUGUUUUCUGACGUUAAGAAUAUCUCGUUUGCACAUAUGGAGGUUCGGGUGCAUGAAAGAGAGGAUGUGAGCUUGAUCGAACGCCAAAGUGACAUCACCUAUCUCUACAACCUUCAACCUGGCCGCAGUGCUCUCUCUUAUGGUACGCAGUGUGCAGCCAUGAACGGUAUCCCGGAACACAUUGUCGAGCGUUCCUACGAAGUGGCCUUGUUGGCACGGGAAGGCAAAGAUUUGAUAGCGGUCUGUUCAGCACCAAGCAAGGACGAUGUAUCUGAGCUGGAGUCUGCAGAAGUUGCUGCGGAGCUCUUUACGGCUCGAGAUUUUGGUGAGCAGAUGACAGACGCGGAAUUACUGUCGACUCUUGAUACCAUGCUGGAGUGGGUGCCUGGAGACAUUGAGGAGCUUGGGAUUUGA